GCUCGCCCGCACCGCGCCGUCGCGCAAACCCAGCGCCCCCAGCCUCAUAAUGCGCCAUAGCCUCUCCGCUAGCUCGUCUGCUAGAAGAAAGCUAGCUCGCUGCUCACUGGUCGAACGCCUGUGCUCGCCAAAAAGGACGACCUAAGUAUCAAUUUGACAGAUUUUGCCGAAAGCAAAGGCAUUUUGCUCGUAAGGGUCGUGUAAAAAUCGCGAGGGGCGAAGGUGAAGGUCGAGACACCAGCCCAAACUGAGCCCAGCCCAAACUGAGCCCAGCCCCCCCAGUGUCAGACUGACGACUACCCUGCACACAGACGCUAUGGAUCGUUCGCCCACCACCGCCAGCCUCAUGGCCAGCAGCAACGUCACCAACAAAACGGACCUGCGCUCGCUCAACUCACGGGUCUUCAUCGGCAACCUCAACACCUUGAUGGUUACCAAGGCUGACGUGGAGGCCAUCUUCUCCAAGUACGGCAAAAUCGUGGGUUGCUCCGUGCACAAGGGCUACGCUUUUGUGCAGUACGCCAACGAGAGGAACGCCCGCACUGCCGUCACUGGGGAGGAUGGGCGGAUAAUUGUCGGACAAGUGCUUGACAUCAACCUGGCCGGAGAACCCAAACCGCACCGGUCCAAAACCACCAAGCGUUCAGCUGGAGACAUGUACAGCAGUUCUUCCUUCGACCUGGACUACGACUUCCAGAGAGACUACUAUGACAAAAUGUACUCGUACCCGUCCCGCGUCCCCGCACCUCCACCGCCCCUGUCUCGCGCCGUCAUCCCGUCCAAGCGCCCGCGGGUCAGCCUUAGCGGCGGUGGGAGCAGCCGGCGGACCAAGAGCAGCUUCUCCUCGUCCUCCAAGAGCAGCCAGAGGGCCUACUCGUCCAGAAGUAUCAAAGUGGACGAUCUGCAGACCAUAAAGCGCGAGUUGACUCAGAUUAAAAGCAAGGUGGACGACCUUCUGGAUAGCCUGGAGCGCAUGGAGAAGGACCACAGCAAGAAGUCAGACAAGAAUAUAAAGCCGGAGCCCGGAGAAGUGACUUCUCCCCCUCACUCGAGCAGCAAGAAAGACGAGGCCAUAAAGAGGGACAGGGAAACCCCGGACCUCAACGACUCGGAUGAGGAUGAUGAGGAUGAUGACGACGACGAAGAGGAGGGAGACCUGCUGGAGGAAGAUGAAGAUGAGGUGAAGAGCCAAGGCGAGGAAGAGGAGGAGGAGGAAGGUGAGCACGUGGACGGAGACGAUGAUGCCGACAGCAUCAAUGGUGAAGAUGACUCAUAGGUCCCGCCCCCAUCGCCGCUCUUAGUAGGACUUCAGUUUUAAUAUUCAUAGUGUAGAUACAAAGAGGAGAAAAAAAACACUGCAGACGUGCACGGAAACCAGCAUGGCGCGCGCACAAAAAAACACACACACACAAAGAGUUAUCAAAGCGUUAUUCGUGGCCGGUUGCACCGCUGUGACAGGAAUAACUUGCUAUAGACUCUUUUAACGCGUCUCAACUGACAGCUGGACAGACUCUACUUGUGCAGUUUGUUGUUCUUUUGUUUGCGUUUUUUUAGCUAGUAGCCCACGUCCCUAUUCCUAUGCCCCCCAGCCCAACAGCUUCUGUCAUCCUUCAGUUGCUUUGAAACCUUGUGUAUGUCGUUAUUUUUUUAUAUAUACUAUUCCCCUUCUGUUUUACUGUAAAGGAAUAAAUUGCAAUAAAAUAUUGAAAUGAA